AUGCAUCUACCAAUUAGACCUCGUGAUGAACCAGUCGCAUGCGAUUCAAACAAGCGAACACUAUGGGAUAUUCUAUGGAGCUCUAUCGCAACUAUCUUUGCAUGCCUAUGGAUCUCGGUACAUCCUAACGUUCCUGGGUCUAAGCUCAGGGCCCAUGGAUCAUUCUUUUGCCGCUUGCAGAGAUUGAAGCUUAUGCUUCUCGCUAUCUUCUCCCCUGAAGUGAUUAUUAUGUGGGCCUUUCGCCAAUGGUCGGUUGCACGUAGAGCUAAGACGUAUAAUAUUUCAAUGGCACAAGGAUUCUUUAUUAGCAUAGGAGGAUUUGUUGACAAAGACGGACAUGCGGCAGCAUCGGAUGACCUUCAUACAACUGCAGAUGUCAUCUCAAAGUUCCCUCAAGAGGAGCUUUUGGACCGUAGCAAAGGCGAUCCCUUAUCAAAGCUUAUUUCCCUUCUUCAGACAACUUGGUUCAUGGUAUAUCAUAUUGCCAGAGCCGUCCAAUCUCUUCCCAUCACCCAGAUCGAAACUGCGACGCUCGCUUUCACACUUCUGAACAUCGGCAACUACAUCCUAUGGUGGCAUAAACCGAUGGAUGUCCAAGUCCCAAUUAUUCUAGAAGGUUUUACUUUUCCUCCCCGUCAGGAUGGUGAUGGCUUCAGUGGCGACCAACGGAAUACUGGUGGCAGGAGUACGGAAAAUGAAACUACAACGAAUCAGGCCAUAACAAAUGAAACCAAAAGUUCCAUAUGUUUCCAGUGCGCUCAUAAUGCAUGGCGUUUCAUUCACGCCAUGGCCAAACAUACAAGGAACCUCUACCAUCGUUACCGGAAAUCACUCUUUACAAUCCUCACAGCCCGCAGUAUGUCUCUCACAUUUGUCGGAUGGCUACGGGCGCGAUAA